AGCUUCAGCGGCGAGAGGCGUCGCGUUGUGACGUUUCUAGGCCAUGGAGGCACUGACGGGUGUCUCCAAGCAAGGCAUCCGUGAACAAAUUUGGGACUAUAUGGAAUCACAUGAUUUAGCUGACUUUCCCAGACCUGUUCAUCACAGGAUUCCCAACUUUAAGGGGUCUUACCUGGCUUGCCAAAGCAUCAAAGAUCUGGAAGUCUUUGCUGGGACACAGGAAGUGAAAGUGGACCCUGAUAAGCCCCUGGAAGGUGUUCGGUUGCUGGCACUGCAGAGCAAAAAGACCCUGCUCGUCCCGACGCCACGACUGAGGACAGGGCUGUUUAAUAAGAUCACACCACCUCCUGGAGCCACUAAAGACAUACUAAGGAAAUGUGCCACCUCCCAGGGUGUGCGGAACUUCAGUGUCCCUGUGAGCUUGGAUUCCAGUGUCCUUGUGGAUUUAAUUGUGGUGGGAUCUGUUGCUGUGUCUGAGAAAGGCUGGCGAAUUGGGAAGGGAGAAGGCUAUGCUGAUCUUGAAUAUGCCAUGAUGGUGUCGAUGGGAGCUGUCCACGAAGGGACACCGGUUGUCACCAUUGUCCAUGACUGCCAGGUCGUGGACAUCCCUGAGGCUCUUCUGGAGGACCACGAUCUCACCAUUGACUACAUCAUCACUCCCACCAGGGUCAUUGCUACAGGCUGUGCACGCCCAAAGCCAACAGGGAUCAUCUGGUCCAAGGUCAGUUGUGAAAUGCUUACGAAAAUCCCAGUACUCAGGAGCCUCCGUGAGCGAGAGAAGCGGGCCGGGAAGGAUGUCACUCUUCAAGCUGAGCCUGACAGCCAGUGCCCAGCUCCAAGCACUAUCAGGAGACCCCGGGAUAUACCACAGUCACAAGCAGGUGCCCUAGGAAGGUCCCAUAGCCCCCUGCAGGGGGUGGAUACCCAACCAGCUGCCACUGUGCGUGUGGAAAACCUGCCCUCCAGUGCUCGUGUACGUGAGCUGAAGAGAGCACUCCAGGAGCUGGGGGCAGUGCCCCUGAGGCUUACCUGGCAGGGGCCACAGCAUAGGGCCAUUCUACACUAUGCAGACUCAGCUGCUGCCCAGCAGGCUGCCUCCCGCCUUCAGGGCCUACAUCUUGGUGCCAACACCUUGAGGGUGGCACUGGGGCAGCAGAGGGAUACAUGACCUGGUGAGCAGUCCUCAGCAGAAGAGCCAUGCCCUCUCUGUUACUGGGAUGUCUCUGGCAUGUGACAGUUUGCCAUUGAUGGUAGCCUGCUGCUCUGUGAGGCAUAUGCUGUCUUCCUGGGAGGAGCCAAACUUUCCUGAUGGGUGGGGAUGUGUAGCAAGCAAUACAUCACAACUCUCAGGAUACUGUGAGCUCUUACUCAUUCUGACCCAUUCCAGUUCUGGUUGUGAAGUCCAUGUGAUGCUCUCUGGGUGCAGAAGGUUUAGGGGCUGAGCAGUAGGGACAAGAGGUAAAGAAUGGAGAUCUGAUUUUGGAUAGGAGAGAAAGUAACAGAGGCCCACAGAGAAGAGGCCAGGGCGGGGAUCGAGGGCAGGCAGCAGAGCCAGAAGGCUGUCCUUGUGAUCAUUGCAGACCCCCAUCCAGCAGAACAGGAGAGGGGAGCACAGCAACACCACAGUGCCCUUAUGUGAUCAUGUCUACCCAGGCUGCCAGCUCUAAGUCAACAGGCUUAGGGUUGUGAGGAUGGGAAGGAGGAGGGUAGCACUGGUGCCAGGAUCCUAGGCAGAAAGUCAGAAUGAGCCUUUAGGAAGAGAGUUUGACUCAUUCAAAUGUGCGUGCCUGAGAAGUUCCUUAUUUUUACCAAUGGGUCUUCCAUACUGUCCAUUAAAAUUGUCCUUUGUCCCAGAAGGGCAGGCCUUGUUCACCUAUUUUUUGUUUGUUCAUUUAUUUAUUUGUUUUU